AUGCGGCUUUUACUGCUAAUAGAGUUGUUAGCAUGCGCGUUAGUCACAACGCGGGCGCGGAACAUCAACAGGAAGGGUGAAACUGAGCUGAAAUCGAUCACCGCACCCACGGGCGACCUGGCCGCCGCCGGCACAGUGCUCGACCUCGCUCCGGCGGGCUCCGAGCACGCCAAAGCCAAGGAGAGCCACCACGAGCAGGGAGGAGGCCACAAGCACGACGCCCACCACCACAAAGAAGAAGGCGAGAAGGGGGAGAAGGGAUACAAAUCCCACCACCACCACGACAAGGGCGAGCACGGCCACCACGAGAAACACCACCACGAGGGCCACCACGACGAGCACGGGGGCCACAAGAAGAAGCACCACGACGAGCACGACCACCACGGCGAGCACCACGAGGCUGCGCACGGGCACAAAGGCGGGAAAUUCGGACACAAGAAAGGCCAUAAAAAAGGCUCCAAAACGACCGGCUUCCACCACAAAUCGCACAAAGACGAGUACCAUAAAGAACACAAGUUCUAUGAUGACUUCCACAAGGGAGGGCAUCACCACAAACACGGGGACUUCCACGGCCACCACGACAAGAAGGGUGGUCACCACAAGAAGGGUGGUCACCACGAGAAGGGCCACCACGAGAAGCACCACGGGAAGAAGGGCCACCACGACAAGGGGCACUAUGAUGAGGACCACAAAGGGCAUAAGGGCCACCACGGUCAUGAGGAACAUUUCGCGCAUCAUGAAGAUCAUGGUAAGAAAGGCGGCCACGCUGGCGGCAAGGAACACGGGUACAGUCACCAUAAAAAGGAGUAG